AUGUGUGCCACCGGUGUCUUUUCUGAAGAUCCUGAAACUGAACAAGACAGAGUGGCCCUACUUAGUGGUGGGAACCCUGUGCGCCAUUGCCAACGGGGCGCUCUAGCCGGCCUUCUCAGUCAUCUUCUCAGAAAUGAUAGCGGCAAACAGUUCUUCAAAAGUGUUUCACAUUGGGCAUAUCUCAUGUGCGUGGCAUUGUCUGUCCUUUGUUCCGAUCAUCUUUUCAAGGCUGUUUGGAGAGUGAAUGACUUUGGAAGAUACAGGCAUCCUUACUCCCCGUUGGAUCAGAAUGCCGAUACUCUGCCUGCUGCUGUUGCUGUGACGAUGAACUUUAUGUCUCACCCCAGAGAGUUUCGUCGUUACCUGUGCUCUCAUGAUGCCAUGCAGGCCGACUUGCUGACUCGCAAGUGGAAUGGAUCUCAGGCCCCUCAUGUCCUGACACCCUUACCCCCUCCUCUUCAUCUGUGUUGUUGCCUCACAGAUGGCACAUUCUCGUACUUUACAGAUGCCACGGAUGCUUUUUUGAAAAUCAUUCUAAAUGAGAGCAUUAAAUCCCUAUGGAGUGGCCUUCCUCAUACGUUAGUGAUGGCAGUUCCUGCCACAGUUAUUUAUUUUACCUGCUAUGAUCAAUUAACUGCUCUUCUGAGAUCUAAAUUAGGAGAAAAUGAAAGCCGCAUACCAAUCGUUGCUGGAAUCGUGGCCAGACGUAAGACUGUAAUAAGUCCACUGGAAUUGAUCAGAACAAAGAUGCAAUCUAAGAAGUUUUCUUAUGAGGAACUGCUUCUAUUUGUCAGCAAGAAAGUGUCUGAAGAUGGUUGGAUUUCCCUCUGGAGGGGCUGGGCUCCUACCAUUCUUAGAGAUGUGCCAUCCUCAGCAAUGUACUGGUAUAACUAUGAAGUCUUAAAGAAGUGGUUGUGUGCAAAAUCUGGCUUAUAUGAACCAACAUUUAUGAUCAACUUUACCUCAGGGGCGUUGUCUGGUUCUUUUGCAGCUGUUGUAACUUUGCCAUUUGAUGUGGUAAAAACAUAAGAGCAGAUACAACUUUGGAUAUAUGAAAGCCCGAAAAGAAUUUCUAUGCCUUUGCAAAUGUCAACCUGGAGUAUAAUGAAGAACAUUGUUGCUCAGAAUGGAUUUUCUGGAUUAUUUACAGGUAAAAUUCCUCAUUUAAUUAAAAUUGCUCCUGCUUGUGCUGUUAUGAUCAGUACAUAUGAAUUUGGAAAGUCUUUCUUCCAGAAACAAAAUGCUCAAAGACAGCAAUACUAG